CUCGCCCGGCCGCCCGCCUGCCGCCCCGCGCGCCCGGCCGCCAGCAUGAUCGCCGCGCAGCUCCUGGCCUACUACUUCACCGAGCUCAAGGAUGACCAGAUCAAGAAGAUUGACAAGUAUCUCUACGCCAUGCGGCUCUCCGAUGAAACUCUGGUAGAUAUCAUGACUCGCUUCAAGAAGGAGAUGAAGAAUGGCCUCUCCCGGGAUUUUAACCCAACAGCCACAGUCAAGAUGUUGCCAACGUUUGUAAGGUCCAUUCCUGAUGGUUCCGAAAAGGGAGAUUUCAUCGCCCUGGAUCUCGGGGGGUCUUCCUUCCGGAUUCUGCGGGUGCAAGUCAAUCACGAGAAGAAGCAGAAUGUCCACAUGGAGUCCGAGGCCUAUGAAACCCCCGAGAACAUCGUGCAUGGCAGUGGGAGCCAGCUUUUCGAUCACGUCGCCGAGUGCCUGGGAGACUUCAUGGAGAAAAGGAACAUCAAGGACAAGAAACUGCCCGUGGGAUUCACCUUCUCGUUCCCUUGCCGACAAUCCAAGAUAGACGAGGCCGUCCUGAUCACCUGGACAAAGCGAUUCAAGGCGAGCGGCGUGGAAGGGGCAGAUGUGGUCAAGCUGCUGAACAAAGCCAUCAAAAAGCGAGGGGACUAUGACGCCAACAUCGUGGCUGUGGUGAACGACACGGUGGGGACCAUGAUGACCUGCGGCUACGACGACCAGCAGUGUGAAGUCGGCCUGAUCAUUGGCACCGGCACCAACGCGUGCUACAUGGAGGAGCUAAGGCACAUCGACCUGGUGGAGGGCGACGAGGGCAGGAUGUGCAUCAACACGGAGUGGGGGGCCUUCGGCGACGACGGCGCCCUGGAAGACAUCCGCACUGAGUUUGACAGGGAGAUCGACCGGGGCUCGCUCAACCCGGGGAAGCAGCUGUUCGAGAAGAUGGUCAGCGGCAUGUACAUGGGGGAGCUGGUCCGGCUGAUCCUGGUCAAGAUGGCCAAGGAGGGCCUCUUGUUUGAAGGGCGAAUCACCCCGGAGCUGCUCACCCGAGGGAAGUUCAACACCAGCGACGUGUCGGCCAUCGAAAAGAAUAAAGAAGGCCUCCACAACGCCAAAGAGAUCCUGACCCGCCUGGGAGUGGAGCCGUCCGACGAUGACUGUAUUUCUGUUCAGCACGUGUGCACCAUUGUCUCGUUCCGCUCGGCCAACCUGGUGGCCGCCACGUUGGGCGCCAUCUUGAACCGCCUGCGGGACAACAAGGGCACGCCCCGGCUACGCACCACCGUCGGUGUCGACGGCUCUCUGUACAAGACGCACCCACAGUAUUCCCGGCGUUUCCACAAGACCCUGAGGCGCCUGGUGCCUGACUCCGACGUGCGCUUCCUGCUGUCGGAGAGUGGCAGCGGCAAGGGGGCCGCCAUGGUGACGGCGGUGGCCUACCGCCUGGCUGAGCAGCACCGGCAGAUAGAGGAGACCCUGGCCCACUUCCGCCUCACCAAGGAGAUGCUGCUGGAGGUGAAGAAGAGGAUGCGGACCGAGAUGGAGGCGGGGCUGAGGAGGCAGACGAACGACAAGGCCGUGGUCAAGAUGCUGCCCUCCUUCGUCCGUAGCACCCCCGAUGGCACCGAGAAUGGUGACUUCUUGGCCCUGGAUCUCGGAGGAACGAACUUCCGCGUCCUGCUGGUGAAAAUCCGUAGCGGGAAGAAACGCACGGUGGAGAUGCACAACAAGAUCUAUGCCAUCCCUCUGGAGAUCAUGCAGGGCACCGGGGAAGAGCUGUUCGACCACAUCGUCUCCUGCAUCUCCGACUUCCUGGACUACAUGGGCAUCAAGGGCCCGCGGAUGCCGCUGGGCUUCACGUUCUCCUUCCCCUGCAAGCAGACGAGUCUGGACGCGGGCAUCUUGGUCACCUGGACCAAAGGCUUCAAGGCGACUGACUGCGUGGGCCAUGACGUAGCCACUUUACUGAGAGACGCCAUCAAAAGGAGAGAGGAAUUUGACCUGGAUGUGGUGGCCAUGGUCAAUGACACAGUGGGCACCAUGAUGACCUGUGCCUACGAGGAGCCCACCUGCGAGGUUGGACUUAUUGUAGGGACGGGCUGCAAUGCCUGCUACAUGGAGGAGAUGCGGAACGUGGAGAUGCUGGAGGGGAACGAGGGGCAGAUGUGCAUCAACAUGGAGUGGGGCGCCUUCGGCGACAACGGCUGUCUGGAUGACAUCAGAACCAUCUACGACCAACUGGUGGACGAAUAUUCUCUAAACGCUGGGAAGCAGAGGUACGAGAAGAUGAUCAGCGGCAUGUACCUGGGGGAGAUCGUCCGUAACAUCCUCAUCGACUUCACCAAGAAGGGCUUCCUCUUCCGCGGGCAGGUCUCCGAGCCGCUCAAGACGAGGGGCAUCUUUGAGACAAAGUUCCUCUCUCAGAUCGAGAGCGACCGGCUGGCGCUGCUCCAGGUGCGGGCCAUCCUCCAGCAGCUGGGUCUGAACAGCACGUGUGACGACAGUAUCCUCGUCAAGACGGUGUGCGGGGUGGUGUCCAGGAGGGCCGCGCAGCUGUGCGGCGCAGGCAUGGCUGCGGUGGUGGACAAGAUCCGCGAGAACAGAGGGCUGGACCAUCUCAACGUGACCGUGGGCGUGGAUGGGACGCUGUACAAGCUUCAUCCACACUUCUCCAGAAUCAUGCAUCAGACCGUGAAGGAGCUGUCCCCAAAGUGUAACGUGUCCUUCCUCCUGUCCGAAGACGGUAGCGGUAAAGGCGCCGCGCUCAUCACGGCUGUGGGCGUGAGGCUCCGAGGCGAACUGAGCAGCUAGGAGCCGGGGCCCCAGCCGCCAUCCUUCCGGCACGUCUCUCUGCCAGCGCCGGUCCUGCUCCUCCCUGCGAGCCGUGCUGUGGCACGCGGCUGGAGCCCGCCGUCCCCGCCGUCCCCGCCGCAGGGAGGAAGACGAAACCCAACUAACGGCGUAUAACCUAGGGUACAACGUAGAGUGUGUGCUGUUGAUAACCUCUCUCACCUGGGUCCCUCCUCACCCACCCUGCCACUCUGCAUGAUCUGAUUUCGACCUGGUCGUCCGUCCUCCACGUGUGAAGUGUAGUGGCAUCCAUUUCGACCGUGUGCAUUUACCCAGCGGAGUUAUCUAUUGGCUCGAGAUGAAAAAAAUCACAGCACCGGGCAGCCCUCACAGGCCUCUGAAGCUCAUCGUUGGGGUCCCCUCCCCCGUGUGAAAUGUAUUAUCACCAGCAGACACUGCCGGGGCUCCACCUGCCGGGGCGCCGCCUGGAGGGUGAGGGGGGCCUCACGGUAGCCGCUGCCUCCUGUCCCGGCGCCACCCUCACGUGUCUGUGGACCCCGAUCCUAGCCACACCGUGACAGUCUUGCAUCCUGUUUGUCUUGUGGGGGGAGGGGGGCCGUCUGGGGGAGAAUGUCUUGUCUGUAUGUGGGUAAGAGGAGCCAGCCAGCCACCGUGCCGUCACUGGAAUCUCCAUCGCUUCUGUGAGCCGUGUUGUAUGACCUAGUAAACUUUGUACCGAUUCAA